AUGCUUUCCAGAAUAACACGGGUGCGGCAAGUUGCGCCUCUGUGCCGUAAGGCUUUCGUCCCGGUAGUAAGGCGGAGCGUCACGACCGAUGCUGCUUCCGCGCAUGCUGAAGCUAUCCCCGCUGAAGAGGACAAACCCUUCACAGUCAAGCUCUCCGAUGAGAGCUUCGAAACAUAUGAGCUUGACCCUCCUCCGUAUACCCUCGAGACCACGAAACAGGAGCUAAAACAGAUGUAUCGUGAUAUGGUUUCCAUUAGACGAAUGGAGAUGGCCGCCGAUCGCCUCUACAAAGAGAAGAAAAUUCGAGGAUUCUGCCACUUGUCGACGGGACAAGAAGCGGUUGCGACCGGCAUUGAACACGCCAUUACUAAGGACGAUAAGUUAAUCACUGCCUAUCGAUGCCACGGUUUUGCACUCCUGCGUGGUGGAACGGUAAAAUCUAUUAUCGGAGAACUUCUCGGGCGCCGAGAGGGCAUUGCAUACGGAAAAGGUGGCUCUAUGCAUAUGUUUGCCAAAAACUUCUAUGGGGGCAACGGCAUUGUAGGAGCUCAGGUCCCCGUUGGUGCUGGUCUGGCUUUUUCCCAACAAUACAAUGAUGAGAAAACUACUACCAUCGCUCUAUAUGGCGAUGGAGCAUCCAACCAAGGUCAAGUUUUCGAGGCCUUCAACAUGGCUAAGCUGUGGAAUCUGCCUUGCAUUUUUGGUUGCGAAAAUAACAAAUAUGGCAUGGGAACGGCAGCAAGCCGCGCCGCAGCCCUUACCGAUUACUACAAGCGCGGCCAAUACAUCCCCGGCCUGAAAAUCAACGGAAUGGACGUCCUGGCGAUCAAGGCUGCCGUCCAAUACGGGCGCGAAUACACCACCUCCGGUAAGGGUCCUCUUGUCUUCGAAUACGUCACUUACCGAUACGGCGGACACUCCAUGUCCGAUCCCGGAACCACAUACCGCACCCGAGAGGAGAUCCAACGGAUGCGCAGCACCAACGAUCCGAUUGCAGGCCUUAAGCAGAAACUGCUCGAUUGGGGCGUCACGAGUGAGGAGGAGUUGAAGGCCAUUGAUAAGGAUGCUAGGAAAUACGUUGAUGAUGAGGUUGCAGAGGCUGAGCUGAUGACCGAGCCCGAUGCUACGCCGCGUAUCUUGUUUGAGGAUACAUAUGUCCGUGGCAGUGAGCCAGCAUGGACUCGUGGGCGAACGGUUGAUGAGACUUUCUACUAUUAA